GAUAUCUCCGGAAUGCUCAUACUGUUUCUCCCACCGUCACCCUGUGAACUUGAUACGGAUCUAUCCCGCACGCGGUAUAAAAAGCAGCCAAGAAGAAAUCCAGGAAUACUUAUCCACCACCACCUGGCAUGAUCCCGCUCGCGUUGAAAGUAACCCUGGUCUUGUUCAGUGCAAUCGUCUUCAGAGGUGCUCAUAAGCCACCAAAUUCGAUACUACAUGGGCCACGGCCGCCCAAAAACGCAACGCCUGCCGAGAAGAGAGACUGGAUAUUCAAUCACUACGGCCCUCCGUUGAGCUCUUUCCAGCGGAAAGUAUGCUACAUCAUCACAAUCUUCGAAUCUAUCUUCCUCUUAAGAACUCAAUAUCCUGUUUUCAAUCAACUUCUUCCCGUAAAAUUUGAUGGAAAAACCUCAUCAUACUCAUCAUCUGAUGCACGAUUCUUCGCACUGGCGUUCGGAAUAGCAAGCGAUCUCCUUCGUAUCUCCUGUCAACGGCGCCUUGGCAGCAGUUUCACCUGGCACAUUGCUGGACUUCGACAUGGUACUGAAGAUGACUCCGACGAAACUGCCGGUCCACGAGCAGAAGAAAAACAAACGAAACAGAAAUUAAUAACGACAGGACCAUACUCAAUCGUCCGGCACCCAUCGUACACAGCAUUCUGGAUGUCACUGAUUGGGAUUACGACCUAUCAUCUGUUGCCUGGAUCUUUCGUAAGGGAGAGCGGGAUUGUUAGUGAAACGACGGUAGGGAAGGUCGUUCUUGGUGUUUGGAUUAUAUCAUGCAUAUGGAUCUCGACCUUCUUGGCCUUACGGAUAGAUACUGAGGAUGAGACGUUGAGGACGACGUUUGGGAAGGAAUGGGAGAUGUGGAGGAAGCAAGUGCCCUGGAGGACGAUACCGGGGGUGUGGUAGCAGUAAUGGCGAAGGUCUAGGGAAGAGAUUGCGUGCGAAAGUUCAGAUGUCCGAGGACUUAAGGGGAGGUUGAUGUUUAAGUUCCCACGACAACGGUCAAAAUAAAAAUUCUUACUUGUAAAUUGGCAGGUCUUCUUAUGAUAAUGAUAAUACGCUUUAGAUCAG